GUGAAAGAAGCACACAAAAGUGAAAUAAAGCACCACGCCUUGGAAAGCGUUUACAGCAAAGGCUUGCUUUUAUUUCGUUCCUUGCCGGAUCGCGUCUCAACAACAUCCUUUAUUCACUUUUUGCCAAAGAAAAAUAGCAAGUGACGUGCGUGGAUAGGAGUACGCACGUGGAGUAGAAUUGCGCAGCGGACUAGGUAAAAAGUGUGCACCGGAAGUAUUGAGUGUGCAGCACCGGGAGUAUUAAGUGUGCAUCGGCUACAUUGGGUCCUGCAUCAGCAUUUUAAAGAUUGUAAAAACGAAACUAAAUUGUGCACCUGCGUUGGGUUGCGGUUCGCGGUAGUAUAAGGGUGUACCAGCCUUCUUGAUUCGCAUUCGGAGUAUUAAAACGCGCACCAGGAGUAUUAAAGCGGUACACGGUCGGAGCGCAUCAAGCGAAGGGCACACUGGGGCCAUAAGCAAGAUCCUGUGGAGUGGCGCGUAGACCAAGGAGGCGUACGGAGUAUCAAGCAAACAAGCGAGAGGAGAUUUGGUAAGUGCUUAUGAGAGAUUGAUUUGGGUAGGGGGUUCGUUAGUCGGUUAGUAGGUCUAUAAGUAGGCAAAAACCACCACGUAACCUCCGAAAAAUUAAAAAGGCGGGAAAAGCACCGCGUAUCCAUUUUUUCUUUGUUGAAACACGCGCCGAGCAACCAUUUUUAAAUAUGCCAGUAACACGUUCGGGCACAAGUACGGAUAAUAGUGCGAGAGAAGGAGACGGUGAUAACUACGACGAACUUGAAGCAACCGUAGUCGAGCAGAUUCCAACGAAUCAAAUCGUGCAACCGUCGGUAGAAACAAUACUAGCGGAAAUUUUGCAGCAGGUUCAAAACCUACAGGAGGAACUGAGACAGACUAAGCAGGUGCAAGCAAACACGGUCGGCGCAGAAGAUAGCUAUGGAAUUAUUACAGCUGCCUUCAGUAAAACCGGCCGCUCUCAAACCACAUCGCAAGUGGGUGCAAUACGGAAACUCUACGAUUUGCCGGAAUUCGACGGCCGUCUAGAGGACUGGCCAAUGUUUAAGGUAAUAUUCAUAAUCACUACAACGGAGUACCAGUACAGUGACACGCAGAACAUGAUGCGCUUACAGAAAGCAAUCAAAGGCAAAGCAAGGGAGACGAUCGAGUGUUUACUAAUACACAGCAGAAACGUGAAGCAAAUCAUCAAAACUUUAGAAGAACGCUAUGGGAAGCUGGAGCUGCUGGUGAAGAGUCAAUUAAAGAAGAUACGAAGUGUGGCACCAAUCUCCGAAAAUCAUAUCGACCAGUUAGUGAUGUUCGCGACGAAGGUUCAAAAUUUAUCCUCCUUUCUUCAGGCUGCUGAUUGUGAGUAUCAUUUGUCAAACCCUACGUUGAUGGAAGAGUUGCUGAUUAAACUGCUUAUGCAAAGGCGUAUUGAGUGGGCACGAUAUACCUCUACGAUUGUACCGCGACCAACGAUAUGCCACUUUAGCGACUGGCUACAAGAAUUAUCCAAAAUUGUGAAUUCAGCCUGUGUGUACUCGAGCUUGGAACCGCGCCAACCAAGAACAGAAGGGCGCCCAAGAUUUUUCCACACAAACGAGGUCAGUAGUGAAAGUUCGUGGCGAGGUAAAUGCGAAGCGUGUGCAGAGAGGCACGCACUUAGUAAGUGUAAAAGAUUUUUAGACAUGGAUCAAGGAGAGAGGUGGCGUUUAGUUCGUCGAAGGAGACUUUGCUUUAAUUGUCUGAAAGGCAAUCACCGUAGCAGCGUUUGUCGUGAACAACACGAAUGUGGUGAUGAGCAUUGCACAAAACGGUGGCAUGCCCUUCUUCACGAGCGUAAUGAAAUAGAACGUAUACGUGAGGUAUCGCACAGGCAACAAUCGUCACGGCAAGCAUCGAAUCACGUAGCACAGCAGCAGCAACAAGCCGUGCAGCUACAACCCGUUUCACCGGAGGGAAUACAACAAAUUUUUACGAACACUAUCCCGUCUAACAAAGCAUCGAAAUCAAAACUUAUGCGUUUUUCGACGAAGGGUCUGCUAUAUCACUAAUCAACCGUGCCUUAGCAACUCGUCUUGGGCUUAAGGGGUACAGCGAUAGUCUAACGUUGCAAUGGUUUGGCAGCACAACUGUCACUGAACCUUCUUGUAGGGUAGAUGUAGAGAUUUCCGGUAUUGAGCGAGGUAGCAAGAAGUUUAAUAUGCGAAACGUGCGUACGGUUUCAAAUCUCCAAUUGCCAAUGCAGUCGAUAAGCCUGUCGGACCUUUACUAUAAGAAUCAACAUCUGCCACUACGCGAGUAUUCU